CGUCGUCCGUCGGGCGAGACUUCCUCAGGUCGCCUCUGUGGCGGCCUUUCAGGGGCGGCAAGAAGGACCGGAAAUCGUCGCUGGUCGGCUCGGAGACGGAGGACCCGGAGGAGGCGCAGCGGAGUCCGGCCAGCACGGAGGCCAGCCAAGGCUCGAACUCAGAAGGCAAAUCGCCAGCCAAGGCGCCGGGACGUAGCCAGCCGCGCCAGGGACACCGUCUCCGCUCCCUCUUCACCUCCAAGAAGCCCCACAGCAAAGCCAAAUCCCUGCGCUCUUCCACCGCCGCCGUCGCCUCCGACCGCAGGAAUCCGGUCAGGUCUCCUUCAGGCUCUUCCGCGGCCGUGCAGGAAACCCCCCCCCUAUCAAACCCCUCUCCCCCAAGCCCUUCGGCCUCGUCGGGGGCCCUAGUCCGCGGGGCCUGUCCCGGAGGCACCCAGCCCGCAGGACCCGUCUCGAAGCUCAAGUGCUCGGCGACGGGCGCGCGAAGGCUCGCCAAGAGCGCCGCCUCUCGCCCGUCAGUUUCGCCGGCCAAGUCCGUGCGUUCUCUCGUCCUCAGAAAUAUACACAGGACGACUUCUAGGUCCCACGAGCAGCCUGAUCACGGCCAAGAGGUCGUCGACAUCGACGAGGAUUCAACGGAGGCUCCCAUUGCGAAUGCUGUGACGUCCUUCGGCUCCCCAGCGUCCUCCUCGUCUGCGUUCACGAGCCCUUCCGUGAGGCCGAAGGAGCGCAAGAAGCCGCGGGCGCGACUAAAGGGCAAGUUCCGCCACGAAGGAGCCGACUCCAAGAUGCUGCUGAGUGAUGACGCCACGGACUGA